CAUCCAACUCUGCCUCGAGCUAGAUGGGUAAUUUCCGGGCACUGGAAGAGAAGUUCCUCAGGACGGGUACCUGACAUAACUAAUCACUUAUUCUCUCGGCACCAGUCAAAUGGAAAGCAAUCAUGACCCGAACAAUAAGACCACGUGUACAGAGCGAAAGAGCGAUAGGACAAUAAAGCUGUUACGAGAAAUCAUAUGCUUACAUAAUAUCAGUGUUGUUUCGAUUUCGAUUUUUGAGUUCUCUCGCAAGAUCUAGCUGGAACUCUUCUUAUUGCGUGACCCAGAUUGAAUACUGAUUUCAGUUAUCCACAAAGUCUACCGAACGAAUCAAUCUGAGAAACCAAAGAAUGGAUGCGAUAAGAAUUAACGGAGGCCAAAUCAUUAUUUACGGACUAUCGUUUUUAAGUCUUAUUCUGGUCAACAAUGUCAUGACUUUAGUUCUCUUCAGCUAUCUUGGGUGUUCUUUUGUUCCGAUGGCAAUUGUUUUAGUCAUAUAUGGCUUCUUGUUGCUCUGCUGGUCUAAAUACUCUAGAAAAUCAAAAACAACGUCAGAAACCAAACCUGACCGCAAAUUUUUAAUGGAUGCGUUGCGUUCUGUAGAGACGUCAAAAAUACCCUAUGUUGUGGAUCGGUUUUUGGAGCUCGACAAAGCUGGGGAAACGACUGAAGAACAAGAAGAAAGAAUAUCUAGAAUCCCUUUGGAUAGUUGUUGUGUAGUUUGUCUGAGUUCCGAGGCGUGUAUAAGGACUCUUCCUUGUUCUCACACGGUGACUUGCGGCUGGUGUGCUUGGCAGUCUCUCAAGAUAUCAUUCGAGAAUGGGACUCCGCACCGAUGUGUGAUUUGUAGGACAGAGAUCGAGGACUUUACGGGCAGUUUGAUCAAGAAUUUAAUGAAUAUUAAGUGGAAAGACGUGCGGAAGAUUGUCGAUGAAAUCAAAGAAUGAAUGUACGUGAAAGUAACUACCAAAACAGUGGAAAACUCUACAAAAAAUUUACACAUUAGAAACGUCCACAUUUGCCAUGAUUUUUAAUGAGUUGAUUAUUACAAUUUUUGAACUGACCGCUCGUCCAAUCACAGCACAUGAAAAUCAAUCUUGAAGUACGAAAUUAUACUAAUUGAAAAUAAUUACUACGGUGCUUAAAAGUGAUUAAAGAAAUGUGUUCAAGGAAA